CUCUCUCUCUCUCUCUCACACACACACACACACACACACACACAGUUCUCUGCAAUUUGGAAGUUGAUUCCCUGUAAUCAAUGCCUGUAAAGCUCUGGGGAUCUUCAUCUGGAAUUUAGUAGCUGCAAGAUCCGUUGCAAGUUGUGCUCCCAGUGGUCUCAGUAUAAAACUGACCACGUAGGGAGCUCUUGACUGGACAUUGCAGGCUGACAUUUGUUUGUCGUUUAUGUUUUUUUUAAUGACGGUGGUGUCUAGGUCAGUUGAGCAAACGUUGACUAAUCAAUUGGAUUGCCUGCUACACAAGCACAGGUUUGUUUAGAGACAAUUUGUCCAAGAAAAGGCAAAUAUCAACCUGAUACUUGAUUAGUUUAUUAUGCAAGACAUAUGAGUGAGCCAAUGUUGGUAUUAUGGCCAUUCAAUUGAUAUGAGAUGUGCUUAUAAUUGACUUUAAAAUAAAGGGAUUCGAAGAAAUAAUCCUAUAUUGAGAAUGGCGACGUGGGAACACUUUGGGGAAGUUGCAAACUUUGCCCAGCUUGCUGGCCUUGAUGCAGUGAGGCUAAUUGGGAUGAUUGUAAAAGCUGCUAGCACAGCUCGGAUGCACAAGAAGAAUUGUAGGCAGUUCGCACAGCAUCUCAAGUUGAUCGGGAAUUUAUUGGAGCAGCUUAAGAUUACAGAACUCAAGAAGUAUCCCGAAACCCGCGAGCCAUUGGAAUAUCUUGAAGAUGCAUUAAGGAGGUCUUAUAUGUUGGUCCACAGCUGCCAGGAUAGGAGCUAUCUUUAUCUGUUGGCUAUGGGAUGGAACAUCGUUUACCAGUUCCGGAAGGCUCAGAAUGAGAUUGACCAAUAUUUGAAGAUCAUCCCUCUUAUCACUCUGGUGGAUAAUGCUCGAGUCAGGGAGAGAUUUGAAAUCAUCGAGAAGGACCAGUGUGAAUACACUUUGGAGGCUGAAGACAUGAAGGUGCAAGAGGUCAUUUUGAAACGAGAGCCCUCUAAACAUGAUACAGUAGUGUUGAAGAAGACCCUUUCUCGUUCCUACCCAAGCAUGCCUAUCAAUGAGGCAAUUCAAAAGGAGAAUGAAAAGCUUCAGCUGGAACUGCAACGUUCACAAGCUAAUUUAGAUGUAAGUCAUUGUGAGUUCAUUCAGCAUCUUCUCGAAGUCACAGAGGUAGUUGCAUCUGAAUCUCUUUCUGAGAAGAGUUCACCCACCAAGCCUACCAAAAAGUUAGAGCAUAGUCACUCAGAUGUCAACAGUGACAAGGAACACUAUGAUAGAAGUUAUACUAAGAGCGAUGAGAAACAGUCAACUUCAAGAAUCUCUUCAUCAGUUUCAUCUCAGCGUGAACUGCUGUCUUCAAAGGGUUCAGAUCGAUAUGACGAGUGGCAUUCAGAUCUGUUGGGCUGCUGUUCAGAACCUCUCUUAUGCAUGAAAACCUGUUUCUUUCCUUGCGGUACAUUUUCUAAAGUUGCCAGUGCUGCAGCUGACAGGCAUAUAUCUUCAGCAGAUGCCUGUAAUGAAUUAAUGGCUUACUCAUUGAUACUGUCCUGCUGUUGUUACACUUGCUGCGUCAGAAAGAAGCUACGGAAAAAGCUAAACAUCACGGGAGGCAUUAUUGAUGAUUUUCUCUCACACUUAAUGUGCUGUUGCUGUGCUCUUGUCCAAGAAUUGCGUGAAGUGGAGAUACGUGGGGCUCAUGGUACAGGGAAGACGAAAACAUGUCCUCCACCUUCUCAAUUUAUGGAAUCCUAGGAAAUUACGGUUGGCGUUUUAAGGCUAAAUUUUUUAUAGAAUUAUGCAGAGUUAAUGACUGAUUAACUUGUCACUACUGGAUUCAUGCAUCGUGAUAGUUUCUGACUGAGUUUAGUCAACCAUUCUGUAAAGUAAUUCUUAGUAAUCCAGAUUCAGCUUGUACAGAAUAUAUUCUAUAGUUUUCAACGGUUCAUUGUCCAUUCCUUAAACUGUGGUUGACAAAUCA